AUGGGGGGGGGGGUGGGGGGGGGAUGGGGGGGGAAGGGGGGGGGGGGGAUGGAAGUGGGAGGAGGUUGCUGGGGCGGUGAGGGGGGGGUGGGGGGGAGAGCGGGGGGAGGUGGGUUCGGUGACGGUAAGGAGGGAGGGGAGGGGGGGUGGGGUGUGGGGGGGGGGCUGGCAGGCGGGGGGGUGCCAGGGGGCGGGCGUGUGGGAGAGGGGUGGUGCGCAGGGGGAGCGGGCGGGACGCGGGCGGGAGUGUUGGCGGCGCGGUUGUGUUGUGCGGGGACGUGGUGGUCGGGGCGUCGGUUGGUGUGUGGCCUCGAGGGUCCUUGGUCAGGGUCGGGGGGGGUGUGGCGGGCGCUGUCUCGGAGGGGGGGGUUGUGGUGUGUGGCGAGUUGGCGCGGGGGUGGUGUGUAG